GUGCCGUGAGGGGGUGACAGCACCGAUAACCCGCUCUUGGCGCGAAGGCGAUGCGCAAGGCGAGAGAAUAAAAUAGCCCACGGGCUGUAGUGGAGUGGGGAUGCUACGUGAGGGCUCAGCUCCAGCUUUACGACAGGCAAAGCAGGGCGUGCCCUGAAGGUUGGGCAGGGUUGGCCGGGGCCUCCCCGGGUUAAUGUGGAAUCUACAAUACCAGCCCCGUCUGGGUACCUACGCGAAGGUGUCCACGUUCACCGCAGAGCACACACCCCGCAGCUCAAGGUCCUUAUCGCCCAGAGUCAACAGUCGGUGCACUGGGAUGGGAGGGACUGGGGAAGCGGGGGUCGGUGGGUGAAUCCCACCCAGGCCUCAGGGGGUCGGGGAGGAGGGCGCUGCAGACACGCCCCCUCUCCCCAGCAGCUCCGUCUCUGCCCCGCGCUGUCCUAGAAGGCCAGACAUUGGCCCGUGGCCACCUGCCAAGUGGGGCCGAGACGCGGGAAGGGGGAAGGGGCCCCGCAGGCGGCCCGAGGGCCCUCAGAGACUGCCGCCGCGGCCACUCCCUUAGACUCUGGACGUGCCGGGACCGGGGGCGCUCUGCCUCCGCCUUAUAAGAAGCCCGGCGCCGGGCGGGCAGCGAGGCCAGAGGCGGGCACCGGGCUGGGCCGCGCAGGGGCGCCCCCACCGGCGGCGGGCCCGGCGACAUGGGCCGCUACUCGGGCAAGACGUGCCGGCUGCUCUUCAUGCUGGUGCUCACCGUCGCCUUCUUCGUGGCCGAGCUGGUCUCGGGCUACCUGGGCAACUCCAUCGCGCUGCUGUCCGACUCCUUCAACAUGCUGUCCGACCUGAUCUCGCUGUGCGUGGGGCUGGGCGCCGGCUACGUGGCUCGGCGACCCCGCGGGGGCCUGGGGGCCACCUACGGCUACGCGCGCGCCGAGGUGCUGGGCGCGCUGAGCAACGCCGUCUUCCUCACUGCGCUCUGCUUCACCAUCUCCGUGGAGGCCGUGCUGCGCCUGGCGCGGCCCGAGCGCAUCGACGACCCCGAGCUGGUGCUCAUCGUGGGCGCGCUGGGGCUGGCCGUCAACGUGCUGGGGCUGCUCAUCUUCCAGGACUGCGCCGCCUGGCUCGCCUGCUGGGGUCCCCGCCGCCGCCGCCGCCCGCCGCCGCCGGCCGAGGGCCGCACCCCGCGCGCGAUCGGGGUCCCGCGGGGCGCCCCCGGCCCCGGCCAGUCCCCGCGCGGCGCGGCCUCGGCGGACCGGAAGGAGGAGCGGGGGGCGACGGUGUUCUCCAACGUAGCAGGUGACUCUCUGAACACCCAGAAUGAGCCAGAAGAGACUAUGAAAAAGGAGAAAAAGUCGGAAGCCCUGAAUAUCAGAGGUGUCCUUUUGCAUGUGAUGGGCGACGCCCUGGGGUCAGUGGUUGUGGUGGUCACGGCCAUCAUAUUCUACGUGCGUCCCCUGAAAGGCGAGGACCCAUGUAACUGGCAGUGCUACAUAGACCCCAGCCUGACCGUCAUCAUGGUCGCCAUCAUUUUGUCAUCUGCCUUCCCACUCAUCAAAGAGACUGCUGCCAUUCUGCUGCAGAUGGUCCCCAAAGGAGUCAACAUGGAGGAGCUGAUGAGUAAACUCUCGGCCGUGCCCGGGGUUAGCAGUGUACAUGAAGUGCACAUCUGGGAGCUUAUAAGUGGAAAGAUCAUCGCCACCCUGCACAUCAAGUAUCGGAAGGACAGGGGCUAUCAGGACGCCAGUAUGAAAAUUCGAGAAAUCUUCCACAAUGCGGGAAUCCACAAUGUGACCAUCCAGUUUGAGCACGUGGACUUGAAGGAGACCAUGGAGCAGAAGGAUCUGCUGUUGCUCUGUAGUUCACCCUGCAUCUCCAAGGGCUGUGAGAAACAGCUGUGCUGCCCGCCUGGGGUCCUGCCUCUGGCCCACGUCAAUGGCUGCGCAGAGCACAAUGGCUGUCCCCCUCUGGACACGUACCCAAGUGAUGGUCUCCGUGGACAAGUAACAAGAGAAGUGGCUAUUGAAGUAUCUUUGGACAGCUGUCUGAGUGACCAUGGACAAGCUCUGAGCAAAACUCAGGAGGACCAACAUUAUGUCAACAGCACACAUUUUUAAUCUUGUCCUGACGUACACAGACAGUAUAGACGAGGUGUUCGGGCUUGUGGAAGGACCUCUGUGGGCUGUAGGCACUGGUCAAAUUCAUGGUGUGCACGCUCUGUGGUCAUCAACGGGCUGGUUGUUUGGGAUGUUAAUUGCAUGUGUCUGUUAAUUUUUAUGUGACUGUGAACUCCUUUACGUCAUCCUGGGUAUCUCAUGCUGCUCUUCAACAAACUCACUGUUUUAGUUUGAACAUUUAUUUCAAAAAGCAAACCAUGCCAGCAUACGUAUCAGGGACAUUGAAGGCUGGGACUCAAUGGCUGUGGACACAGGAUUCAAAGUAGUUUUUGUUUUAAAGUGAUUAGAUUUUGUGGCUGACUCUCAGGUGAGCUCAUAGCCAAGUACAUCGAAAAAACUGAAGAACCAUGUUAGCUAAUGUUUUUUUCAUUCCAUCAUAAGAUCAUAAAAGAGGAAGGUUGGGUAGUCUUGUCACUGCAGAAUUUUUGUUCUUUGACUUGUUUUCAAAUAAAUGCAAAAUGAAUACCUAUUAAAGUAGAAAAUAGUCUCAGAACAUCAAAGGAAGGAGAGGUUAUUGGGGGAAGAUAGGAAGAAAAUGCCUCCUGACUACCUCUUCAUUUUGCAGGGUGGAGUGAAAACUAGUGUUUACUUUCUGCUGUGAACUGGACUACAACUAUAGGGUGCUUCAAAUGUUUAAUACACAAAUGCUUUUUUUUUUUUCAUUUGGAAGUAUGGGAAUAUUUCUACUUCCUGAAGUAUGACACAAUACUUACAUUCUGUCUUGUAGAAUCAGUCCAGUUGGGAUUGUUUUCAUUUAUUGCUUAAUGACUUAUUUGUCCAAAUUUCCUUUGAGUCUUCUUUUAUAUGAUCAUGUGG